AUGGAAACCCCCAAGCCCUCAAAGGAUCUCAAGAUCCGCAAUGUCAGCCUCCACAGUCGAGGCAAGAAGGAGGUUGGAACCCUCUACCUGGCCAGGCACCACUUGGUCUUCAGCUAUGUGCCGGACUCAGGAGUACUUACGAGCACUUCAUCCAAGGUGGACCAGCUCAGGAAUAGUGCCUCACUUGAUGGUGCACGAGGUUCUCGAGAGUCGAGCGAUUCGACGUCACAGCAGGCGACGCCCUCGAAGGCGAGGCCGAAGGAGAUUUGGGUGCCUUAUCCUAUGAUCAAUCAUUGUGUGCUGAGGCCCAGUCAUUCGGCGGCAUCACGCGCGUACGAGAAUCACAAUGCAGAGAGUCUUGAUGGGAGUUUCGAGGACGGUGCGUUUCCGCCGGUUUAUGGGACGAGCUCGUACAAUGGCCGGCCGUCGACGGACUCUCAGCAUCUUGCGCCGUAUUCUUCGCCUCAGCGAUCUGCUUCGCCUGCUGGCAGUGUUACUGCACUACCUGUGGCGAGCGAGAGUGUGAGAGCGCCCGCUAUCCGUAUCCAGCGACGGGAUUUCCAGAUGAUGGCUUUCCAUUUCCAUCCUUCACCUUCGGAUAAGAAUUCUUCGGACGAGACGGCGAGGGAGGUCUUUUACUGCUUGAGAAGCAGAUGUGUCUUCGAGAAUGUGCAAGAUAUGCUUGCCUUCCACUUCAAAGCACCUCCUGAGGAGCUGGCUGUGGAGGAGCCUUGUUACGAUGCUCGCCGCGAGUUUGCGAGGAUGGGUGUUGGUGGGAAGGCUGCUGAAGGGCCUGGCAGUGCGUGGCGGAUCUCUGACAUCAACAAGAACUACGAAUACUCACCUACUUACCCAAGCGUGUUGUGUGUCCCGCGAGCUGUUAGCGAUAACAUGCUCAAGUAUGGAGGGGUGUUCCGCUCAAAGGGGAGGAUACCUGCGCUCACAUACCUUCACUCGAAUGGUGGAAGUAUCACCAGAUCAUCACAGCCAAUGGUUGGAAUAUCGAACAAGCGGAACCCUCAGGAUGAACGAUUGAUAUCUGCAAUCUUCUCAAGUCAUACACCGCCUCAGCAGUCACCUACGGACUCUCCGGCUCAGGUUCCCUCUGACGGUACUGACAUACCAGGACUUCCCACUAGUCAGAGCGAGACCGAUCUUGACGAUGACUUUAACGACGAAGAAGUGAUACCUCGAAAGAGGGUCUAUGGCAGCACGAGACGCAACAUGAUCUUCGAUGCUAGACCCAAGAUCAAUGCGCUAGUGAACAAAGGCUCUGGUGGUGGCUAUGAGGAUCUAUCGAAUUACUCUGGACCAGCUGGUACAACUGUCGAACGGACGUUCAUGGACAUCCAGAACAUCCAUGUCAUGAAGAAGUCGCUCGCAAAGGUUGUACAGAGCUUCGCCAACUCGGAUUACUUGGACAUGAAGCCGAACGAGGAGCUACUGCGGAAUUCUGGCUGGCUCACUCACAUAGCUGGAAUGCUCGACGGUGCAGAGAUGGUGGCGAGAAUAGUUGGCUUAGGUGGCAGCCAUGCAUUGGUGCACUGUUCAGAUGGAUGGGACCGUACUGCGCAAGUCGCAGCACUCGCGCAAGUCAUGCUUGAUCCACACUAUCGUUCGUUGAACGGAUUCAUCACGCUGAUACAGAAAGACUUCCUCGCGUUCGGACACAAGUUCAAUCAUCGACAUGGCAUCCAGGGAAGCGAAGAGUGGUUCGAGAUCGAGAAUGAGCGAGUCCUGCCUUCACGAACAAAGGCGAAUGGAAACAAUGAGUCCACAGGCUUGAACGCACUUGGUUCGAAGGCCCUCUCUGGAGCGAAGAACUGGUUUGAGAAGAGUCGUGGCGGGCUUUUCCGUCCACAGAAUGAGAGCAAAGAUAGCGGCGAGGACGACGAUUCUCGCCCCUCUUCGCCACCUCCUAACUCAAUGAUGCACUCGCCGCCUACAUCGAGCACGAAGAAGGAUCGAGAACAUAAGACGAAUACCAAUGAGAUGGGACCCAUCUUCCACCAGUUCUUGGAUGCUGUUUACCAAUUGCAAUACCAGUUCCCGGAUGCUUUCGAGUUCAACGAGCGAUUCUUGCGGCGACUUUUCUACCAAGCCCACUCUGGCCAGUACGGCGAGUUCUUGUUCAACAAUGAGAAAGACCGCUCAGAGCAUGAGAGCAAGUUUCCUUCCGUCUGGCCACACUUCUUGUCUCGACGGCAGGAGUUUACUAACCCUGAGUUCGUGGCAAAGGUUGACGACCCGUUGCUGUUCCCCAAGCGGCAGGGAUCACUCCGAGAGAUCGAGGUGCGUUGGUGGAGUGGACUGUUCGGGCGUAAAGAUGAGGAUAUGAACACGCCUCGAGCACUUGCGCCGCCAGAUACACAACCUGCAGAGCAGAAGGUCCCCAGCCUGUCGAUGCAGCCUUCGACGAUGUCGCUCGAAGAUGGUGGGAAGCAGAUCGAGGGUGAAGGUCCGAGUGCUGGUGCUGUCAAGGAAGCAAAGAGCUUUCCUAACAUUGGCACUGUUGGAAGUUCGCUCCCAUCGACUUUCAACUCUCUUCAAAACGGCUCUUCAAAUGAAGCCCAACAGCCUGCUGAGAACAGCAACGCUCCAGCACGCCCGACACUGGAAUCGCGGGAGACGAAUCCUGACACAGUCGAGGGCUAUGUAAAAGCAGCAGAGCCGGCGAGCUCCAGUUCAAGCAGCAAGCCCCCUGCCUCUCAGCUGGAGAUGGACGAGGGUGAUCCGUUAGGCGUGUCUGCGGGCAGCAAGGUCCCUGAGACUACUAGUGGAAGACUAGAUUUUGCAGUAUUUGCCCAGUCGAGUGCGUACAGCGACAGAUAG